CGGCGUAGACGCAGGCGCUGUGAGCCCGGGUGAAGAUGGCGGCCUCCAGAGUUUCAGCACAAAAUGAACAUAAUUAGGGAAAAUAAGGAUUUGGCUUGUUUCUACACAACGAAACAUUCAUGGAGGGGAAAGUAUAAACGAGUCUUUUCAAUUGGAACCCAUGCAAUUACUACAUAUAAUCCCAAUACCUUAGAAGUAACAAAUCAGUGGCCUUAUGGAGACAUUUGCAGCAUCAGCCCUGUUGGAAAAGGACAGGGAACAGAGUUCAAUCUCACGUUUCGUAAAGGCACUGGGAAAAAGUCAGAAACUUUAAAGUUUUCUACAGAGCACAGAACUGAACUCCUUACAGAAGCGUUGAGAUUUAGAACUGAUUUUUCAGAGGGAAAAAUCACAGGAAGGAGAUAUAACUGCUAUAAGCAUCACUGGAGUGACACAAGGAAACCUGUAAUUUUGGAAGUAACUCCCGGAGGCUUUGACCAAAUAAAUCCUGCAACCAAUAGAGUACUGUGCUCCUACGACUACAGAAACAUUGAAGGCUUUGUAGAUCUCUCCGAUUAUCAAGGGGGUUUUUGCAUACUUUACGGAGGAUUUAGCAGAUUGCAUUUAUUUGCAUCAGAGCAAAGAGAAGAGAUUAUCAAGAGCGCAAUAGACCAUGCUGGCAACUACAUAGGUAUUUCAUUGAGGAUCAGGAAAGAGCCUUUAGAAUUUGAGCAAUAUUUGAAUCUUCGCUUUGGAAAGUACAGCACAGAUGAAUCCAUCACAUCUUUAGCAGAGUUUGUGGUCCAAAAAAUAUCUCCUAGACAUCCGGAACCUAUCAAAAGAGUGCUGGCACUUACAGAGACAUGUUUAGUAGAAAGAGAUCCAGCAACUUAUAAUAUUGCCACAUUGAAGCCUUUGGGAGAGGUAUUUGCUUUGGUUUGUGACUCAGAAAACCCACAACUUUUUACCAUUGAAUUUAUUAAAGGGCAGGUUCGAAGAUACUCUUCAACUGAAAGAGAUUCCCUGCUAGCAAGUUUGCUGGAUGGAGUAAGAGCCUCUGGGAACAGAGAUGUCUGUGUAAAAAUGACACCAACCCACAAAGGUCAGCGAUGGGGUUUGCUCAGCAUGCCCGUGGAUGAGGAAGUGGAGAGCCUACACCUCCGAUUCUUAGCUACUCCUCCCAAUGGCAACUUUGCAGAUGCUGUAUUCAGGUUCAAUGCUAAUAUUUCCUACAGUGGAGUUCUACAUGCAGUAACACAGGAUGGCCUGUUCUCAGAAAACAAAGAAAAACUGAUCAAUAAUGCUAUUACAGCACUGUUGUCCCAGGAGGGCGAUGUCGUGGCCUCAAACGCAGAGCUAGAGAGUCAGUUCCAAGCUGUGAGGAGGCUUGUCGCUUCCAAAGCCGGGUUUCUGGCCUUCACUCAGCUUCCAAAGUUCCGGGAGCGUCUAGGAGUGAAAGUGGUAAAAGCACUGAAGAGGCACAACAACGGUGUCAUCCAUGCGGCUGUCGACAUGCUCUGUGCCCUCAUGUGUCCCAUGCAUGAUGACUAUGACUUAAGACAAGAACAGCUAAACAAAGCUUCUCUUCUCUCUUCAAAGAAGUUUCUGGAAAACUUACUGGAGAAAUUUAAUUCCCAUGUGGAUCAUGGGACUGGAGCCCUAGUUAUUAGUUCACUCUUGGACUUCCUUACCUUUGCCCUGUGUGCUCCGUACAGUGAGACAACCGAAGGGCAGCAGUUUGAUAUGCUCUUAGAGAUGGUAGCCUCCAAUGGAAGAACCCUCUUUAAGCUCUUUCAGCAUCCUUCCUUGGCAAUUAUAAAGGGAGCUGGAUUGGUGAUGAAGGCAAUCAUAGAGGAUCAGUAUGGAAAGUUUAAUAAAGUACCAGAGUGGCAAAGACUAGCUGGAAAAGCUGCUAAAGAAGUUGAAAAAUUUGCCAAAGAAAAAGUGGAUCUCGUGUUGAUGCACUGGAGAGAUAGGAUGGGCAUUGCUCAGAAAGAGAAUAUCAGUCAGAAGCCAGUAGUUCUUCGGAAGAGACGACAAAGAAUAAAAAUAGAGUCAAAUUGGGAUCUCUUCUAUUAUAGGUUUAGUCAAGACCAUGCCAGAUCAAACCUUAUUUGGAAUUUCAAAACACGAGAAGAGCUGAAAGAUACUCUUGAAUCUGAAAUGAGAACAUUUAAUAUUGAUAGAGAGCUUGGCAGCACUAAUGUUAUUUCCUGGAACCACCAUGAAUUCGAGGUUAAAUACGAGUGCCUGGCAGAGGAAAUCAAAAUAGGAGACUAUUAUCUGAGAUUACUGUUAGAGGAAGAUGAGAAUGAAGAGAGUGGAUCGAUUAAGAGAUCGUAUGAAUUUUUCAAUGAGCUCUAUCAUCGCUUUCUGCUCACUCCCAAAGUAAACAUGAAGUGUUUGUGUUUACAAGCUCUUGCUAUUGUUUACGGCCGGUGUCAUGAAGAAAUAGGACCCUUUACUGAUACCAGAUACAUCAUUGGAAUGCUGGAGCGGUGCACAGAUAAACUUGAACGAGACAGAUUGAUCCUCUUUCUAAACAAGUUGAUCCUUAAUAAGAAAAAUGUAAAAGAUCUCAUGGAUUCAAAUGGGAUCAGGAUCCUCGUGGACCUGCUCACCCUCGCCCAUCUCCACGUGAGCCGAGCUACGGUUCCACUGCAAAGCAAUGUAAUUGAAGCUGCUCCAGAUAUGAAAAGAGAAAGUGAGAAGGAAUGGUAUUUUGGCAAUGCAGACAAAGAAAGGAGUGGUCCGUAUGGCUUCCAUGAGAUGCAAGAAUUAUGGACCAAAGGAAUGUUAAAUGCAAAAACUCGAUGCUGGGCUCAAGGCAUGGACGGAUGGAGACCGCUUCAGGCAAUACCCCAGCUCAAGUGGUGUCUGUUAGCCAGCGGACAGGCCGUGCUGAACGAGACCGACCUCGCGACCCUUAUAUUGAACAUGUUGAUCACAAUGUGUGGAUAUUUUCCAAGCAGGGAUCAAGAUAACGCCAUCAUUCGGCCUUUACCCAGAGUGAAAAGACUGCUGUCAGACAGCACUUGCCUUCCCCAUAUUAUUCAGCUGCUGCUGACCUUUGACCCCAUCCUUGUUGAGAAGGUUGCCAUCCUGUUAUACCACAUCAUGCAAGAUAACCCACAGUUGCCUCGCCUGUACCUGAGUGGAGUGUUCUUCUUCAUCAUGAUGUACACCGGUUCCAAUGUGCUUCCCGUUGCUCGGUUUUUGAAAUAUACACAUACCAAACAGGCUUUCAAAUCAGAGGAGACAAAAGGACAAGAUAUUUUUCAGAGAAGUAUUCUUGGACACAUUCUACCUGAAGCAAUGGUUUGUUACUUAGAAAACUAUGAGCCUGAAAGGUUUUCUGAGAUUUUCCUAGGAGAAUUUGACACUCCAGAAGCAAUCUGGAGCAGUGAAAUGAGGCGCCUUAUGAUAGAGAAGAUUGCUGCCCAUCUUGCUGACUUCACACCUCGUCUUCAGAGUAACACAAGAGCCCUCUAUCAAUAUUGUCCCAUCCCAGUUAUCAACUAUCCGCAGCUAGAAAAUGAACUAUUUUGUAAUAUUUAUUACCUCAAGCAACUCUGUGAUACAAUCCGGUUUCCAGAUUGGCCAAUUAAAGACCCGGUCAAACUGCUAAAAGAUACCCUGGAUGCCUGGAAGAAGGAAGUAGAAAAGAAGCCACCCACCAUGUCAGUAGACGAUGCCUAUGAAGUGCUGAACCUACCUCCGGGACAGGGCCCGCACGAUGAGAGCAAGAUUAGAAAAGCUUACUUCCGACUGGCACAGAAGUACCACCCCGAUAAGAAUCCAGAAGGGAGGGAUAUGUUUGAAAAAGUGAAUAAAGCAUAUGAAUUUUUAUGUACCAAAUCAACAAAAAUAGUGGAUGGACCAGAUCCAGAGAAUAUCAUUUUAAUUCUGAAAACUCAAAGCAUCCUCUUCAAUCGUCACAAAGAAGACUUACAGCCUUACAAAUAUGCGGGGUACCCCAUGCUAAUUAGAACUAUCACCAUGGAGACCUCUGAUGACCUCCUCUUCUCUAAGGAAUCACCGCUGCUGCCUGCGGCCGCAGAACUGGCUUUCCAUACCGUCAACUGCUCAGCCCUCAAUGCCGAAGAGCUCAGGAGAGAGAAUGGAAUAGAGGUGUUACAGGAGGCAUUUAGUCGCUGUGUGGCUGUCUUGAAUCGCUCUAGUAAACCAACUGACAUGUCAGUACAGGUGUGUGGACACAUAAGCAAAUGCUAUAGCGUGGCUGCUCAGUUUGAAGAGUGCCGAGAGAAGAUCACAGAGAUGCCCGGCAUCAUCAAGGAUCUCUGCCGGGUGCUCUAUUUUGGCAAGAGUAUUCCGCGUGUGGCUGCCCUCGGGGUAGAAUGUGUCAGUUCUUUUGCUGUGGAUUUCUGGCUCCAGACACACCUAUUUCAGGCCGGAAUUUUGUGGCACCUGCUCGGUUAUCUGUUUAACUAUGACUACACGCUAGAGGAGAGCGGCAUUCAGAAGAGUGAAGAAACAAACCAGCAGGAAGUGGCCAACAGUCUUGCAAAACUGAGUGUACAUGCUCUCAGUCGCCUUGGAGGGUACUUGCCUGAAGACCAAGCAACCCCAGAAAACCCAACUGUAAGAAAAAGUUUAGCUGGCAUGCUGACACCCUAUAUUGCUAGAAAGCUCGCUGUGGUCAGUGCCACCGAGAUUUUGAAGAUGCUGAACAGCAACACAGACAACCCCUAUUUGAUAUGGAACAAUUCCACAAGAGCAGAACUGCUGGAGUUUCUUGAAUCACAACAAGAAAGCAUGAUCAAGAAAGGUGAUUGUGACAAGACUUACGGGUCAGAAUUUGUCUACAGUGAUCAUGCCAAAGAACUUAUUGUGGGGGAGAUUUUUGUUAGGGUGUACAAUGAAACCCCUACUUUCCAACUAGAGGUGCCUAAAGCAUUUGCCGCAAGUCUGUUGGAUUACAUUGGCUCUCAGGCCCAGUACCUGCACACGUUCAUGGCCAUCACACAUGCUGCGAAGGUGGAGUCCGAGCAGCAUGGAGACCGCCUGCCGAGAGUGGAGAUGGCUUUGGAGGCACUCAGAAAUGUCAUCAAGUACAAUCCAGGGUCUGAAAGUGAAUGCAUUGGGCACUUUAAGUUGAUAUUCUCCCUUCUCCGAGUCCAUGGGGCUGGUCACGUGCAGCAGCUGGCAUUAGAGGUUGUGAAUAUAGUGACAUCUAACCAGGAUUGUGUGAACAACAUUGCAGAGUCGGUGGUUCUGUCCAAUUUGUUGGCUCUCCUGCAUUCAUUGCCAUCAAGUCGUCAGCUUGUUCUGGAAACUCUUUAUGCUUUGGUGUCAAGUACAAAAAUAAUCAAAGAAGCAAUGGCAAAGGGGGCUUUGAUUUAUUUAUUAGAUAUGUUCUGCAAUUCAACACAUCCACAGGUUCGAGCCCAAACAGCAGAACUUUUUGCCAAGAUGACAGCGGAUAAACUGAUUGGUCCAAAGGUUCGAAUUACAUUAAUGAAAUUUCUGCCUAGCGUUUUCAUGGAUGCUAUGAGAGACAACCCGGAAGCUGCUGUGCAUAUUUUCGAAGGAACCCACGAGAACCCUGAGUUGAUUUGGAAUGAUAGUUCCAGAGACAAAGUGUCCACCACAGUGAGAGAAAUGAUGCUAGAGCACUUUAAAAAUCAGCGGGACAACCCUGAUAUAAACUGGAAGUUACCUGAAGAUUUCGCUGUGGUGUUUGGAGAGGCUGAGGGUGAACUUGCUGUGGGAGGGGUUUUCUUGAGGAUCUUCAUCGCACAGCCAGCGUGGGUUUUAAGAAAGCCCCGGGAGUUUCUGAUAGCACUGCUGGAAAAGUUCACCGAGCUCUUGGAGAAGAACAAUCCUCACGGGGAGACUCUGGAGACCUUGACCAUGGCCACGGUGUGUCUCUUCAGUGCCCAGCCCCAGCUGGCAGAUCAAGUCCCCCCCCUGGGCCAUCUUCCCAAAGUCAUCCAGGCGAUGAACCACAGAAACAACGCCAUUCCUAAGAGUGCCAUUCGGGUCAUCCACGUCCUGUCGGACAAUGAGCUGUGCGUUCGCGCCAUGGCGUCGCUAGAGACCAUUGGCCCCCUGAUGAACGGGAUGAGGAAGCGAGCAGACACCAUCGGUCUGGCCUGUGAAGCAAUCAAUCGCAUGUUCCAGAAGGAGCAGAGUGAACUGGUCGCGCAAGCUCUGAAAGUGGAUUUGGUCCCUUACCUCCUGAAGUUGCUUGAAGGCAUAGGCCUUGAGAAUCUGGACAGCCCCUCUGCCACGAAGGCUCAGAUCGUCAAAGCCCUCAAGGCAAUGACCCGAAGCCUGCAGUAUGGAGAACAGGUGAAUGAAAUCCUGUCUCGUUCUUCCGUCUGGAGCGCCUUCAAAGAUCAGAAACACGAUCUGUUCAUUUCUGACUCACAGACAGCAGGAUACCUCACAGGACCUGGCGUGGCUGGAUACCUUACCGCGGGUACAUCGUCAGCCGUCAUGUCCAACCUGCCGCCUCCUGUAGACCACGAGGCGGGGGACCUCGGCUACCAGACUUGAAACAAACACUCGACGUGCGGUGACCGGCGCAAAGGCCAGUGCCGCCUCCACAUUCCUCCAGCCGCCACGUCGAAGCAAACUCUCUUAACUGCCUUUCUCCUGGUCUCACGACAGUGUUACUCCUUUUUCUAUGAAUAUAUUUUUAUUUAGGAAAACGUCAGUGAUUCUGAUCGUCUCCACGUGACGACGAGAAAAGCACUCUGGAUCAACCUAAGAGGUUACCCGAGAAGUGUGUUGGUUUUUUUUUCUUCCCCCCUUGACGUACGUAAGCACAUUUUGUUCCUUUGUACCUGUUUACAAGACUGUGAAUCAAAAAGAUGAAACUUACUUCCUAGUUUUUAUAAUUUUUUUUUGAAUUAGUGUGACUGUGGGAUUAAGCUACAGUCUCCAGAAAUUGGGCUAAGUCACCCAUCCCCAGAAACCCCCCCCCUCCCCCUACCCAGGUUUCUGCGGCCAUCUCCCUGGCACUGAACACCAUUAGGUUUUGUCCCGUUACCUGUUCACCGGUGUCCCUGUCAUUAACCUCCCGAGAGCGCACAUCGGUAUGCAUACCUGGCUUUACCAAACUGAAUGAAGAGGAACUCGUGCAAAAAAAAAAA